AUGUUACCUAUCUUUUGUGCCCAAGGAUCCACAGGUCAAGCAGGAAUUGGAGGAGUAAUCCGUGGGUGUGGGGGGAGCAUCUUUUGGGCUUUCAGUGGACCGAUUGGGAGAGCAGAUGCUACCAAGGCAGAGAUCUUACCUGCCCUCACAGCUGAAACAAAGGAGAAAGCUAUCUGUGAAAAGGCUGGCCUUCGAACAAUUUGGGAGAAAUAUUAUGAAGAGGCACAUGCUGUAAUUUAUGUUAUUGAUGCUGCUUGCCCUACACGUUUUGAAGAUUCAAAAUCUGCAUUAGAAAAGCUACUAAGGCAUGAAGAUUUACAAGGGGCACCUCUUUUGAUACUAGCAAAUAAGCAGGAUCUUGCUGGUGCUGUGUCAGCAGCAGAACUUGCAAGGUAUUUGGAUCUCAAGGAGUUGGAUGAAAGACCUUACAUGUUUGAAGCUGUUUCUGCACAUGAUGGGAGGGGGAUAAAGGAAGGCGUAGACUGGCUAAUUGAAGUCAUGGAGAGAAGUAAGAGAACAGAAAUGUUAGGAGUUCGUGCAGAUGUUACUGGGCCGGUUUCUGCUUAGGAUUGGGUAAAAACCAAAGCCUCAUAGAUCUAUUCAAGCGUGAUUGCUCUGUUUCUGCUUAGGAUUGGGUAAACCAAAGCUUCGUAGAUCUAUACAAGCGUGAUUGCUCUGUUUCUGCUUAGGAUUGGAUAAACCAAAGCCUCAUAGAUCUAUACAAGCGUGAUUGCUCUGUUUCUGCUUGGUAAUUGGGACUGGUUAAAUCAAAUAGGUUUAGCCUCCUCCAAUCCACUAAAAUUGAAACUUUUCUGCCGCCCAGAAAUUCUGGAUAUAUUGUGACCAUAGAAUUUUCAUUUAUGUUAUGUAUAUCAAAAUACAGAUUUAAUUUUCAAAAUAGCUAUUUAAAUGUCUCCA